AUGAGCUUCUCGCAGAAUUCUUCGCCUGGUAAUGUAGUUCCUGGUUUGACAACACCAAAUUUAAACGAUGGUGAGUUGUCGAACAAGAGCUCAUCAACCCAUUCUUCAACGAAAGCUUCCAAGACUGGUCCUCCACUGAAGGACAGCAAAGAGAACGAUGUGGACACCGAAAUUAACAACAAUAAACUUAACAAUUCUGUAUUUGAGAUUGCUCUGAACUUGGAAGAGAGAUUGAGAGAAUUAAAUCAUAACGUUGAUCAGCAUGACGUUGACGUGAACGCUAGAAUAGAUAAGCUAGUUACACGAAUUAGAGCUCUAGAGAAGAAGAUGAGUAGUUAA